AUGAACAACACUGAGGAGAAGACAAACAAUGCUGUCCCUCAUGAAGACGCUGUGGACGAUCACGUGUCUCAUGUUGGAGACAACGUAGGAGCAGCAGUUUGGGUUGCUAUAGCAACAGGUGAUCCAAGAUGGCAGCGCUGUAAAGCAAGGCCAGUGACAAAGAACGGUAUUUCUGAAGCUCAAAUACGAGUUUUCAAGGCUAAAGUGGAGAUUUUACACGAAGAACUGGAUCAGCUCUCGUGUGAAAAUUAUAAGAAGGAAGAUGAAAAUGCUAAACUCAGAGCUAAAGUGAAGGACCUUGAAGAGGAUCGAUCCAGAUUACAGAAGACCAUCAACUCUCAGCAAACACAGAUGGAGAAGCACAAAGCUUCAGCGAAAGAAUCCGACAGAAAAUCUGAGGCUCUUCAAACACAAGUGUCUGCUUUAAACAAGGAAAUAGAAAAUCUGAACCGAUCCAGCAAACAGGCAGCGUCUGCUCACAGCAGCAUGGAGGUUCGUCUGAACAGAGCUCUGGAGGAGGUGGAGAGGACAAAGACUCAACUCAGCAAGAUCACACACAUCAACAAGGACAAGAUGAAGGAGGAAAACCAGAGUAAAGAAAACGUCCUCGCUGAAAACAGAAUGUUAAAAAAGCAGAAAGCAGAUUUGAUCGUGGGAUUUAAGAAACAGCUCAGACUCAUUGAUCUUCUGAAAAAACAGAAGUUGCAUUUAGAAGCUGCCAAACUGUUGUCGUUCACAGAGGACGAGUUCACCAAGGCUCUGCACAGAUUCAGCGUUUAACUUUCUUUACUCAUU